AUGGUCGAUUCUCUCAUGGGUAGGCGAACGAUUCAUUUACUAUGCAACCUUCACUUUGGCCUCGACGAUCCGGUCUUCCAUCCUCAACCAAUCAAACGAGGCAUUGAGCAUCUUGCUCUCAUACUCUAUUCUACUGCAAAUCCCUCAAGUCCCCAUCUUGUUGCCUGGAAGAUGCCGAGGGAGUCCAAUUUUGAACCCGCAGCACCAACAGAUCCAUUGCGAGGACUAGGAAAGCUCUCCGAAACCUUGCAGUGUUCAAUGAAUGAGGCAGCAGAAAGGUUUAUCAGGAAGAUUUCAGUCCUGGUAAAUGAAGACAACUCAAGUUCAAGUGGUUCAACUGGGUUGGGGAAGGAUCAAUAUGUUCACAACUACAUCUUUGCACUCAAGUUCCUUGUCGCUCGCCUGGACACUUUUUCGUUGUUCAAUGAAGCACAUCCCUUUCGUGAGCCUCCACAAGCACCCCCACCCAAGCCAGCAAAUGUGGUGGGAGCAGUUUCAGAUUUAGAUGAAGUGGUUGAGCGAUGCUAUAAGGCUGGAAUCCCAGUCUGGUAUGUUCAACCUCUCAAGAAGAAGGACAUGACUCAGGUGGAUAAGUGGCUCGAACUUGACAUGUCUACAAGCUAUCCUCUCCAGGACACAGGCCUUAGCCUGUCGUUCGAUGAUGUGUCACCUCCUCACCCUGAAGUUUUCAACGGCUUUUCCAAUGACACAUCGAGGUAUAGAGUGAUGGCUUCGUUCAUGCAUCCCUUCUCCACCACAAACAUGGACAUGGAAAAGACCUUGUUUACGGUAUCUGAUAACAAUACCCUUCCUUCCUCCUCUACGCCAUCAAGAUCCAUUAAAACGUUAUCCAAAAAUCGACACACUCCUUUUGCCAAACCAUUGUCUUCCAAGCAACUGCAGAUAGAACAGAACAAGUUUGUUGACGUUGAAUCACCAUUGAUGCCCUGGGAUAUCAAACCAUGGGCGGUAGCUUCCCAAAGUGCUGGUGUAGGUUUUGACCCAAAUACACCACCUCCGAACGGUCGCAAUAACGGAUACACUCUUCCUGACCCCAACAUCAUCGCAGGGACAGCUAACGAAAUUACCUGUGAAGCUUUCCUGAGGACAUGGCUGAAGCUAUGCCCUGUUCUCCUCUAUCAGCUUCAAUCCCCCACUUUCCGUCCCUUGAGGGUGAAAGACUGGUGA